AUUGUAUGGGUAAGUAAAAACUCAAUAAAAAUACGUACCCUACCGGGUGUGUUCCGUCUAACAUUUAUUAGUUCUAUUCUAACUGCUACAAACUCAGAAUACGCUGAGAAUACCCCCGAAGCGGCGACGGGUAAGAAUAUAUUCUUAGCGAAUCAUAACACAAGCACGGUGAUAUAUGUGGGUGAUCUACACUCGUUGCAAUGGAAGUGUUCCAAAAAUAUUCUACCAAUUCAUUUUCUAAUCCAUUUGAUGAGUUCUUUGAAAAUUUGCAUGCUAUUAACUCCCGUAUAAUUGAUAAUCUUGUAUGAAUGCAUCGAUCACCUUUGGUUUUAUGAAUAUUUUAGGAUCACUUCCAUUGCCACGGCUGUAAGUAAUAACUAUAUAAAUACGGUACUAAAAGGUAAUACAAGCAUGAUAAAGUCUGCUUCUUAUUUUUUCUUGGUGACGAGCAUCAACAAACAGUAGCUUACAGCGACAAACGCUAAACUCCCAGUUUUAAGCAGGCGAUUUAAAGAUAUAUCAAAAUAGAGAUAAAAUAACUGUCACUAGAGAUAUGAUUCAUUUGCUCACCCUUUUUCUGUGUGGAGAUCUCUGUACUGAUAUAAUAUACAAGUGUAUUCUGUUGAUGUUUAGGAAGCUCUUCCUGGACUGACCCGUACGCCCAACCUAAAGAAGUCCAACGUAUUGUUUUACCUACGGCUCCCAGAGCUGCGAGGGCAGGGGCUGUUGACUUGUCUUCUCUGCCAAAGGGACCACCAUACACAGCGUUUCUUGGCAACUUGCCUUAUGAUGUUGAAGAGGAGGACAUUUUUCGCUUCUUUCAAAAUGUUCAGGUACUGGAUUUUUAAAAUUGUUUUACCAAAGCCAUACAGUAGCUGCACGUUGUGGCCGGAGAUAACAUGUAGCGUUUCCGCUCUACUGUAGACAUUCAUAUCACCAUAUGUAAAACACUGACUGGUUAAGAUAACUACUUUGAAUUGUUAUCUCAUGCAGAUAAAAAAUCUGGAACCAUAGUUUUUAUAGUGCACACGAAGUUAUAGUAGGUGAAUGUACACGUCAGGAAGAUAUCGGGUGUUUUAAAACUUCAGCCAUUAUUCCUUGUCUGGUCGUUUACGAGUUGCCGUCUUGUUUAUUCUUCCUACGAUUACCUGAAUGUGGUGGACUAGUGGAACUCAGUUAUUCAAUUACACAAAAUAAUGGAGGUUCGAAUGUCCCUGUUAAUAUAGGCUUGCCGAUGGCAACGUGACGCUAUAAAUUGUUGUUUUUAUUUUUAAAGGUUAAGGAUGUUCGUCUACCAAGAGAAACUGACAAUGGUAGGCUGAAAGGUUUCGGCUAUGCGGAAUUUGAUGACAUAGAUGUAUUUUUAAGAGCUCUAACCUUGGAUGAUCAGGUAUGGAAGUUCCUACUAACGGGGUAGAUACAAAUUUAGACUGUCCAUAUUUAUUUUUGUCGUCUAGAAAUGUCGAGUAAAAUAUUUUCGAAGAUGACAGUUUCCUAAAAGUCAUAAACUAUGGAGCGAUCCCAUUAAGAAACGUACAUAUAAUAUAUUGUAAUUAUAAGAACUAAUAAGAAUAUUGUGGACUUUUUUUAACAGUACUUUAAAACAAAUUUUUCAGACGUUGAAAGGAAGGCGAAUACGAGUUGAUGUUGCAGGCCAGUCGCAGGGAGCCGGUAGGUACAUUUAUUAUUUUGUUUACGCAAUGAUAUAACAUGAGCGCUUACCCCAAUACAAAUUUGAAUUUAGUACUCCUACAUGACUUGUAUAUCUAAAAUUUUAAUUUUUUUUAGAUAAAGAUAAAGACAGCAGGGGACGUGAUCAACCGUCGGAAUCCGAUGGAGACUGGCGUGCAGUGCCAAGAAAUCCAGCCCCUCCUCCAGGACGAGAAUCGAGAGACAUGGAUGGCCGGGAUCAGAGACGUGGAUUUGGGAACGAUUCUGGCAGAGACGACCGAGGGGAUGAUAGGGAAUGGAGAUCAUCCACUGAUAAAAGGGGUGAUUUUGGUGACCGGGAUGGAUUUGGUAGCAGAGGUGGUGGAUUUGGAAAUAGGGAUAGAGAUGGAUAUAGAGGUGGUGAUCGAGAUGGAUAUGGAAGUAGAGGUGAUAGAGAUAAUUAUGGAGAUAGGGAUGGUGAUAGAGAUGGUUAUCGUAAUAGAAGAGGUGGUUAUGGUGGUCGGGAUGGUUAUGAUGACAGAGGGCAUGGUGGAAGAAAUAGGGGAGGUUUUGGAGAUAGGAGGGGUUAUGGUGAUAGGGAGUAUGGUGAUCGAGAUAGGGGCUUUGGUGAUCGAGAUAGGGGCUUUGGUGAUCGAGAUAGGGGCUUUGGUGAUCGAGAUAGAGGCUUUGGUGAUCGAGAUAGGGGCUUUGGUGAUCGGGGAUUCAGUAAUAGAGGCAGAGGGUUUGGCGAUAGAGAUAGAGGGUUUGGUGACAGAGAAAGAGGUUAUGGAGAUCGGGACAAGGGAUUUGGUGAUAGGGGUUAUGGUGAUAGGGACAGGGGAUUUGGUGAUAGGGGGUAUGGUGAAAGAGAUAGAGGUUAUGGUGAUAGGGAUAGGGGAUUCAGUGACAGGGAUAGAGGGUUCGGAGGCAGGGAUAGGGGAUAUGGUGACAGGGAUAGAGGAUAUGGUGAUAGAGAAUCUGGUGAUCGAAGAAGAGAUUUUAGAGAUAUUCGUGAACGAAAUGACGACGAUCGUAGAGAAGAUGAAUCAUCAAGAGAAACAAAAGAUGAAACAAGGUUUGUUAUUUGAAGUGCAAUUAUAAAGAUUGUGUACUGUAAGGGUUUCAGACAUAUAUUUCCCUGUUUGCCCAAAGUUCAAUUCAAGGAGCAUGGCAAGGAACAAUGUUUUCUGGUUCGCCCUGUUUUAUUACAUGUUGGACAGAAUAUACUGAACUCUCUAAAUGUUUUUACAAGUAUGUCAUUGUCUGUUACACAGGGUGCGAUAAUGACUGGUACUCCGACAACUUUUGCCGCGUACCUGAUCUGGUACAAACUUAAGAGUCAAGACGUACCUAAGACUACUUCCGAGUCAUGUGUUUUUAUACCUACGUAUAGUUUAUUGGUCCAAAAGUAAAACAUGUAUGGGCAAUUUUGUACAAAUGAAUCUUUAAUUAUGGUAUUUGUACAACAUAAUAUAACAGUUUUCAAAGCGUCGACGUUGUGACUCGAAUGCCAUCGUUCAUUUACAGUGGAUUUACCGAGGGUGCUAACAGUCUGACCUCAGCUACAUACAGUAUACGUAGUUUUCCUCACUGGGCCUAAAAAAACCUGUGGUUCCGGUUUCAUAUCGCGAAAAAAUUAGGGUAGGUAGGUCGGAAAUAAACAUUUUUUUGAAUAUUUUUUUCAUGGUUUUGGCGGUUUUUUGCUGGGCGAUUUUCAGUAGAGUCCCGACAUCAAUAUUAACUAGAGAUGCGUAUUUCCUAUGGACGAAUUUAGGCAAUUUGAUUGAAUAAUUAUUGUGACAACAGACGCCAUUUUGGCACGCUGUGCGAACAGCCUGUAACCACCCGGUAGAAAAUAGGGCCGCACGGUCAAUCGUGUUGAAAAAAAUAAUAGGGUGGGCAGAAAAAAAAUAGGGUCGGUCUGGAAACCGGAACCACAGAUAUUUUUUUAGGUCUUGGUAUAGCAUUGACAAUUAAGCCCAGGUCACCCCACACAACGAUCACGAUACGAUAACUUGUAAACACGCGAUGAUUGGUCAAUAAAAUUAUGUUGGUGUCCACACUACAACGAAAACGAUAAAAUUAUCGGCGUUUGACGAUAACGAUUUUAAAAUCGCUCACCGGAGCAAUUUUUUUUCAGUCGGACGAUGACGAUAAAUUUUUUGAUCAAGCGCAAAGAUUGGGAUUUUUCAUCCCAAAAUAUCAGUGUCGGAUGCGUGGAAUUUACAUGUACAGCUAAAGUUCUUCACGGUUUUGAAUACUUUGGCAGGUUUGCUAGUUAUUGCUAGAAAGAAAAUGUAAGUACACGAAUAGCAAAUUUCCGCGUACCUACGUGGUACUUGCCUAAUAAAAACAAAGAAGUACCAGACCAUAAAUUUGGCGUUGGUACGCGAAUUAUCGCACCCUGGACUGUUACAUAUAUUUGUUAAACGCGCAGUCGAGAUAGUUAUUGGAGCUACUGGAAACCAAACCAUUAUUUUACUUUACUUAGACCGAGUGAUAAAGGUGAAGGAAACGACGGCGAACAAAAGGAUGAAAAUCGAACUCGUAAGUGUGACGCAUAGUUGAUUAUAGAUGAUUAUUAAGUUCUUGCCGGCGUGAAAAGCGUAAUAAACGUAGAAUUCCGAACGUUUCGAGUUAGUAAGCAGUAUAACAAUAAUUGCAUACACCUGUAUGGUUGAUAUUUUAGCAACGGAAAGAACACGUUUGCAACUUAAGCCUCGGUCUAAACCAAAAGAAGGCGAUGCAUCCAGUGAUACGACAAGCUCUGCGCCAUCUUCAAUAUUUGGGGGAGCAAAGCCUGUCGAUACAGCGACGAGAGAAAAGGAAAUCGCCGCUCGGCUAGAAAAAGAAAAUUCUGGAAAGGAAUCUCGCGAUGUUGUGGAAGGAAAAGGAGGUGAUCGACGUCGAUUUAAAUCCACGGGUAGCGAAGAUGGCGAGAAGAAGUUUGAAAAGGGGUAAGAAAUAAUGUGCAGGGUGUCGUGAAACCGCCUUUCGUAGUUGCGUUUGUAUCUUUAGAUGAUGUAGGUUAUCGCGCAUCCCCAAUUACAGUAUUUGUGUAUUUGUCUUUGAUUGUAACCGUGCAUUUUAAAUACGAUUUUGUACAGUCAAUCGCCGCCUAAUGUGAAAUGGACGAGUGAACGUGGUGAAAGUGAAUUAGGUCGUGGUGGAUCAAGGUCAGACAGAGGACGUGGACGUGGAAAGAGUUCAGGACAUGGUGGCAAGAGAGAACCCAAGGCCGUUGAACCGAAGAAGUACGAAGAACCAGAAGUUAAGGUAAGGCAGCACCACACUAUUUUCACACACCUUUCCACUCUAUCCAGAUACAAAUUCGACUUGAGCCAAGUUUAGGUUGACAAUAGGCAAUUCCAGCUUUUAGUUUAUGCGUGCAGGGGAUGAUGGGAAGUAAGGUAUCAUAUUGCUGAUUAUGCUGAACAAAUAAAAAUGGUUAAAAUGGUGGCCGUGUAAACACGGAGUGAAAUAUUUUGGUUGUUCCGGCAGUUUUUAUUGAAAUUUUUCAGCAUAAUCAGCACUAUGAUACCUUAUACUUCCCAUCAUCCCCUGCACGCAUAAACUAAAAGCUGGAAUUGCCUAUAGAAUGUUGGGGUUUUUUUCUGUGAAUGUAUGGGAUUAUAUUCCUUUUUUAGAUGACAAUACCGAUACAGUUUUGGGUUUUACUAGUAUGAAUUUUUAUAUUAAGGUGUGGGCAGCGAAGAGCAAGUUCUCCGCGCUUCUUGACGCUGACGACGACGAUGUUGACUUGGGAAGUGACGACGAAGACGACGAAGACGGAGAAGGAGAAAAUAUACGUGAUACCGGUAAAGUGGAAAACGAUGGUGAGGAAUUGAUAGCGGAUACGAAAGAAAAUGAAAAGCAGAAUAAUGAAAAUAUAGGUGAAGAUAACGAAGAAACAGAAAAACAAAAUGUUCAAGAAGAUGACUAACACUAACAAUAAAUAAACACACAAGAUUGAGAGGAAGUCCAACCAGUAGUAAAAUUUCAAAGGAUGAGGAUUGGACUUUUUACAGACCAGUUCUCGCUACCAUUCAGAAUAUAUAAGCUUUUGCAGGGAUGGACAUAACACUUAAUUUAGGAAAAUGGUUGCGGAAACGCGUUUCUUACGUAUGUUUGCCAGUGUGCACAUUAUAUGAAACAUUGUUUCUGCAACAAUAUUCACACUUCCGAAACAAAAUCUAUUUCUAAAUUUGUUAGGAAACAUUUGUGCUUCCUUCAAAAGAAAAUUUUGUUUCCGGAACAAUGUCUCCAAGGGUGCGCAAACAGUCUGUUUUAUAAUAAGCUAUACGUUAGCAGAAAUUCACAAUAAUAUCGUACGGUAGAUAAAUUAUAUGGACAGUGUUUCCUCUUUACCAGGAUGGCAGGAUACCUGUGUUAGCCCUUCUUACUUCUGUGCGAAAUUAUUCUAGAGCACUGUAUGUGAUUGAAUAAACCAAACGAGUAAAAAAGCCCUUCGAUUAGAUGUUGAAUUAUUUUUAUAUACGUUUUAUUCUUUAAUUCAUUUAAUCUUAUAUACAUAUGAUGAUAUUCUAUUUUAACUGAGGGUAUUUUUAUUACUUGCGUUUCCAUGUUACAUUGUUUUAGAAAGAAACUUCCUUUUGCGAAACACUUGAAGUUAACUAACCCACCUUUUUAGUGCGGGGGAUUCGCCACUUAAUAUCAUCAUGGAUUGUAAAAUAAUUGUUAUUUUACAAUCCAUGAUAUCAUGCAUGUAUGUUGUCUGUAUGGGAGGGUUGUUCCUGACUCGGUACAAGUUGACAUAGUCAUAUAAUUAUGUUUGUAACAUUUGUAUUGUGAGUAAACUAGUAAGUAUUGUAUAAUGACGCGAUUGGUUAUAUAAAUAAAACUACAAAUGUUGAUACGAAGCAUC